CUCCCCUGCGGCGGGGGCUUCUGGCGUUUUGAGCUCGGUAUGUGGCGUGUGGCUCGCACGGCGUGCGAGCAGACUGUGAAGAGUUGCAAGCUUUUCCGCCCUCCGUGCAGGCCUACCGCCCUCAUGUCCACUCUGCUGAUCAAUCAUCCCCAGUAUUCUUGGCUGCAAGAGCUGGGGCUCCGCGAGGAAAACGCGGGCGUGUAUAAUGGACACUGGCGCGGCGGAGGAGAGGUAAUUACGACCUAUUGUCCUGCUAACAAUGAGCCAAUAGCAAGAAUCCGACAGGCCAGUUCGGAAGACUAUGAAGAAACUAUAAAGGAAGCCAAGGAAGCAUGGAAAAUGUGGGCAGAGAUUCCUGCCCCAAAGCGAGGAGAAAUAGUGCGGAAGAUUGGCGAUGCCUUGCGGGAGAAGAUCCGGGUGCUGGGAAAGCUGGUGUCUUUGGAGAUGGGGAAGAUCUUAGUGGAAGGCAUAGGAGAAGUUCAGGAGUAUGUGGACAUUUGUGAUUACGCGGCUGGCUUGUCAAGGAUGAUCGGGGGACCCGUCUUGCCUUCUGAAAGACCUGGCCACGCUCUCAUCGAGCAGUGGAACCCGUUAGGCCUGGUGGGGAUCAUCACUGCCUUCAAUUUCCCCGUGGCCGUGUUUGGCUGGAACAACGCCAUCGCGCUGAUCACAGGAAACGUCUGCGUUUGGAAAGGAGCGCCAACAACUUCUCUUGUUAGCAUAGCCGUCACAAAGAUCAUUGCCAAGGUUUUGGAGGACAACCAGCUCCCUGGUGCCAUUUGUUCCCUGACUUGUGGUGGAGCAGAUAUUGGCACAGCAAUGGCCAAGGAUUCACGUGUGAACCUGCUGUCCUUCACCGGGAGCACUCAGGUUGGGAAGCAGGUGGCCCUCACGGUGCAGGAGAGGUUUGGGAAAAGCUUGUUAGAGCUUGGAGGAAACAAUGCCAUUAUUGCUUUUGAGGAUGCAGACCUUUGCCUGGUUCUUCCAUCAGCUCUGUUUGCCGCCGUGGGAACAGCUGGCCAGAGGUGUACCUCUGUGAGGAGACUGUUUUUGCACGAAAGCAUCCAUGAGGAAGUUGUAUCAAGACUGAAAGGUGCCUACUCACAGAUCCGUGUUGGGAACCCCUGGGACCCGAAUAUUCUCUACGGACCACUACAUACCAAACAGGCAGUGAACAUGUUUCUUCGAGCCGUGGAAGAAGCAAAGAAACAGGGAGGCACAGUGGCCUUCGGGGGCAAGGUGAUGGAUCAUCCUGGCAAUUACGUAGAGCCCACCAUUAUCACCGGCCUGCCCCAUGAUGCCCCCAUCGUGCAUGAGGAGACUUUCGCCCCAAUUCUCUAUGUCUUCAAAUUCAAGAACGAAAGAGAGGUCUUCGAGUGGAACAAUGAGGUGAAGCAAGGACUCUCGAGUAGCAUUUUCACCAAGGACUUGGGCAGAAUCUUCCGAUGGCUUGGACCCAAAGGUUCAGACUGUGGCAUUGUGAACGUCAAUAUUCCGACCAGCGGGGCUGAGAUUGGUGGUGCCUUUGGAGGAGAGAAGCACACUGGCGGCGGCAGGGAGUCUGGCAGCGAUGCCUGGAAGCAGUACAUGCGAAGGUCCACAUGUACCAUCAACUACAGCACAGACCUUCCCCUGGCUCAAGGCAUCAAAUUUGAGUGACGAUGCUUCAAUUUGACCUCACAGUCUGCGGCUGCUCUGAAGAGGCCCCAGAAAACUUCGAUUUGCCCUGAUUGUUUUAUAUACCAACAGUGGCUAAUCUCUAGUGAUCCCCAAACCUGUCUAAAUCAAGAUACCCAUUUUUCAAAUUUUCAAAUUAAAUAUUCUCAACCUAGUUACAUUUAGCAAAAAAUGGGUUUGGUGAAUUUGUGUCAUUAGUUACCAUUUCUUAUUACAGUUAGUUAGUUAAGUACAUGCAAUCUCCGGAGAUUGGGGGCGUGGAAAACGGAUUAGAGAGGAAGAAGAGUGUUUGCCUGCAUGACAGAAGGGAACACCAGAUCUCAUUACAGAUGUUUGUGAGCCACCACGUGGUUGCUGGGAAUUGAACUCAGGACCUCUGGAAGAACAGCCAGUGAGUGCUUUUAACCUCUGAGCAUCUCUCCAGCCCAGAAGAAGAGUCUUUGUGUAGAAUGAUGAAGGCUGUCUUCUGAGUAGUGUUGAGUCCUCAUGGUCCCCUCCUCUGGCAGGGAUUGAAGGGAUGAGGUACCCUUACAUGCUGGGGACCACAGAUCUGAGUAGUGUCUAAUCAGUCCCCGAGAUGAAGGCUGUCUUCUGAGUAGUGGCAUAGUCCUCUCCUCUGCCAGGGGAUUGAAGGGGUGAGGCACCCUCACUUGUUGGGGACCACAGCACAGGUUCAGGUAUAUGACUUUCAGUGUUUGAAAUGACAGUGGGUCAUUGUUGGGCGAGGUGAGUGAUUUAGGUCAGUUGUGAAUGGUGGCCUAGCAUGUGUGGGGUUCUGGGUUCGAGUCCUAGCUCUAAAGCAACAACAACAAAAUGUUCUAAUGGCAAAGAAUGUUCACCUACUUAUGACUCCUGCUCAUGACUGUCAAACAGAAAAGAGUGGGGUUAGAUAGACCUUCAUUCUUGUCCCAGAACUUGUCACCUGCUGGGAACUCUGGGACUGAAGUCACUCAUGAAAGCACACACCUGGAUGCCCUCAGUGACCUCAGAGCGUAUGCCAGAGCUACAGGCUGGGACAACUGCUCACGGGUUUCUUCUCAGUCUCAGAGCUCACGGCGCACUUCGGAAAGGUCCCUGCUGAGCUCCUAAGGUCUCACUGGGAAGCUGUGGGCAGGCCCAGUGUACCUGUCCUGUGGUACUGUCGCUCUGUCCUCCGGCGUAGCAGCCACCGCUGUGCCUACUCCUGUCACACUGAGCCCACGCAGAAGCCGCUGGAGACAAGGACUUUUGUAGGUAACUUGAGGCAUCAUGGACAAUCAUAAAGAAUUGGGGGACUGAUUUCAUUGCAGUGGCACGCUAACCAGAUUCAAAUUUGUGUUCACACUGCUCUGUUUUCACCGGUGGGUAGCACUGAGUGGCAGGUCCUUGCCAUCCCUGGAUAUGAGCCAAGCUAAACACCGGUGAUGGAGCAACUGAGAGGGUGUUGGCAGGAGUGAGGGUAGGGGAAAAAAGACAGUUUGUUUCUUGAGGAAAAUUUGACAGUACCCCAAAUUACUAGGAAACUGACAUGGCUUGCUAAGAUUUGGGGGUGGACUCUAAAUCACUGCUGUGGCCAUGAGGACAAAUUGUCCUUUUUCAUAACACACAGAAUGCGGUGAGCUGGCCAGUUUCUUACUGCCUACAUUAAAACUCAUCUUGAGGCAGGCUUUUUUUUUUUUUUUUCCCAUCCAGGAAUCUUAAUAGUUGAGAUUAUACGUGUGUGUCACUGUCUUGAUUGUUUAAAGCAAGAGAAUGAAGUUGGAGAAUCAGGAACUUGGAAUGUAGUUCCCACACCAGGUACACACCUGGAAUCUUAGCAUUCAAGAGGCAGAGACGAGGAUCAUGAGUUCUAGGCCAUCCCUCAGAACAAGAGAUCACAUCACGACGAACAAAACAAAAAUGCAGUCAGGAGUAGUACUUUAACUCUGGGUGGCCUUGACCCUAGAGAUCCACCUGCCUCUGCCUCCCAAGUGCUGGGUUUAGAAGUCUACCAUUGUGCCUGACCAGUACUCACUCAUUUUGCUCAAACACAAAACAAUCUUACACUUCAGUUAAACAUUUAAGGAGCUAUGCAUGAUGGUGUGGCCACACAUGGCCACACAUGACAAUGGCAUGUGCAGAAGGUACCUUGAUGGGGAACUAAAAACUGAUGAAGAGGUUCCUUUGGAAGUUCAUAAUUUUUAUGUAUUUCUAGCAUGAGGACGCGGUUUGUUGUCAUAAUGUUUUUAUUAAAACUUUAACUUUUAAGUUGUUCUCUGUACUUCUUUUUACUGAUUUAAGAAAUAAAGAUUAUUUACUUGUG